AUGUGGGGUAAUCUCAGAAGCCGAUGCCAAGCUCUCUUCCACAGUGACGGCUCAGAGUCCCAUCUGUGUAGUCAAGAUUUAGAUUGUGCGCACUGUGUGCUGGAUUUGGACAGGGGAGCACAUGCAGAACCCUAUGAAACCAGGUCUUCCACACCUUCACGCAACUUGUCACCUCUUCCAUUGGCUACUGGUGGACGCAGAAGCCAUAAUUGUGUGGCGGAUAUUCCUCAAAUAGUAGAAAUCUCCAUUGACAAAGAGAGUGAAGAUGCACGGAGAGGCCCACUUGUUCGCAGGGACUCCUAUUCACGUCAUGCUCCCUGGGGAGGUAAAAAGAAGCAUUCUUGCUCAACUAAAACACAAAGUUCUCUUGAGGCUGACAGGCGAACAGGACGCUCAAGAGGAAGUACAGCCAGAAGGGAGCGUCGUUAUGCCGUCAGCUCCAUUCAAGAAAUUAAUGAUUCUGUAGAAGUUGGCAGCAGCGGGCGCAGCCUUAGCAGCCGUUCUCUGCGACAACGACUUCGAGACACCGUGGGCUUGUGCCUUCCUCUCCCCACACACCGGCGCUCUCAGUCAGCCAAAGGUCAAGUAUCCUCAAAACGUAAGAUCCACCUGACAGAACUGAUGCUCGAAACAUGCCCUUUUCCUCCAGGUUCUGAUCUGGCCAACAAGUGGCACCUAAUUAAGCAACAUACAGCACCAGUCAGCCCCCAUUCCUCUUCUGCUCUUUUUGAUGCUUUUGAUUCAGCCCAUUCUUCCCCUGAGGACGAGGAGGAGAGGCUGCGUGAACGACGUAGACUUAGCAUCGAGGAAGGAGUAGACCCACCUCCAAAUGCGCAGAUCCAUACAUUGGAGGCAACUUCAAAGAGCUCUUCCCUCUAUAAACUAGGACCAAAGAUGGCUCCUGGUGUUGGGGAAACACUUGGGGAGGGCAGGAGCCUAGGAACAGUCUCCUCCAUUUCUGGGGGAUUAUCAGGGAUCGCCGCACAGGUUCCAACAAGUAUGGCAGUGCCAUCCCACACGGUUGACUGUGACUCUGAGGAGGACUCAACUACCCUUUGCUUACAGACACGAAGGCCCAAGCAGAGGCAUGCCUCUGGAGACACUCACUGCUCCAGACAGCCAGGGCCUUGGAAGGUCCACACACAGAUUGACUACAUCCAUUGUUUAGUACCUGACCUACAGGCCAUAACUGCACUUCCUUGUUAUUGGGGAGUGAUGGACCGGUACCAAGCUGAAGCCCUGCUGGAUGGACGGCCAGAAGGCACCUUCCUUCUACGCGACUCCGCACAGGAGGACUACUUGUUCUCUGUUAGUUUUCGACGUUACAAUCGGUCACUGCAUGCACGCAUUGAACAAUGGAAUCACAACUUCAGCUUUGAUGCACAUGACCCAUGUGUCUUCCACUCCUCCACAGUAACAGGUUUACUGGAGCAUUAUAAAGACCCCAGUGCUUGUAUGUUCUUUGAACCCCUGCUCACUGCUCCCUUACACCGGACCUUCCCUUUCAGCCUUCAGCACCUGGCACGAUCCUCCAUCUGUAGACACACCACCUAUGAUGGCAUUGGUGCCCUGCCACUGCCUCCAACCAUGCAGGACUUCCUCAAGGAGUAUCACUACAAACAAAAAGUUCGUGUGCGCUGGUUAGAGAGAGAGCCACCAUUCAAGGUCAAAUGA